UGACUGCGCUCGGAUGCGGAAUUCCAUUGGUAGUUUGCGAACGGUGGCGGUGGGGCCUCAGCCGCAACGUCCCUGCUUGAUGACGUCUCUCAAGUUCGCGGGAGAAAUUCGAAAGUGGAGUUCAUGUCAUCGAGCAGUGCUUUCCCUUUUCUAUGCUGCUUAAGGAUCAGGCCUCUGCGCAUACUGUUUCCGGGUUGGGAGCCACCCUUCACUGUUAUCCCUGACUAUCCUGGAGCCCUGUAGGUAGAUAGACCAGGCAACCAGGCUGACCUUGAAGUCACAGAGAUCCACUUGACUAUGCCUCCUGUGUACUGGAAUCAAAGAAGCUAUAAAUGUUGAAUAAAAACUGAUUAUUUUCUGGACCUGACUAUUUUAUAAUCUCAGAAGAAACAAUGGAAUGUCAAGAAUUUAUUGUCCUAUAUACUCAUCAAAAGAUGAAGAAGUCCAAAGUGUGGCAAGAUGGAGUUUUGAAGACCACUCAGUUAGGCAGCAAGGCAAUUUUAUAUGAUGACAAAGGAACAUGUUUGGAAAGCCUGUUUCUUAAGUGCCUUGAGGUGAAACCUGGAGAUGACUUGGAAACUGACCGGUAUUUAAUCACAGUUGAGGAGGCUAAGGCUGCUGGAAGCAGAGCUGUUGAACCGGAUGGCCCUAGAGAAGCCCUGGAGUCAGGCCCAAGGACCCUUGUAUCCUCCAGCCGGUCUCUUGGGUGUCAGCCAUCUGGCUUAAAAAGGAAGGCUACUGGUUUUCAAAGACCAUAUAAGAUGCCAAAGAAAGUGGCUGUUACUGAAAACAGUGGACCAGCUGCCUCGCUUGGCGAUGGGAACUCUGGCUUGCCUGGCCCAAGAUUUCUUCCCACGUUCUCCAACACACUUCCUUUGUUUUCCACUGUUGGUCAUAAAGAUGUGACGACUACGUCAGCAGACAACGAGAGUCCUGUCACGUUCAGGAACACAGAGAGAAGUGACAUGUCUCUAUCAUCUCUUUCUUCAUCCUUCACGAUUAACACAGACACACUAGGUAAAGAGGACAAACUUUGCUUUCCUGUAAGUUCUGAAACCAAAUAUUCAGACUCUUUAUUGGCCAGUGAACCCAUGAGAAGAAAUGGCUUGGACUCUUUCUGUCCUGGAGUUUCACAAACCAUCAGAAGCAAAGCCCAGAUAUUAGCUCUUCUGAAGUCCAGCUCAACUACCAGGAAGGAUCUGCCUGAUGAGAGUACAGGACACGUUCCUAAGAUACAACCACAUGGCUGUUUGAAGAUUACUUCUAAGCCAAAGGAAGACUGUGCUGAAACACAGAGCACAGGGAAUUUACACUGUGAGCAGCAGUCAGAAAAUCCUACAAGAAGUACAAGCCGGUGGGCCAGGUAUUUACCCUCCCAGAGGUCAUCUCCCUGUUCUGCUAGAGAUGAAAAUGAUACACAGGACAAACCGGAAGCCCAAGAAGAUGUGAACAUUUUUAACUUGUCUGAACUUUUGGUACAACAAAAGUCAGAGCUCUUUGAAACAUGUAUUGAAAAGGGAGAAUUAUACAGUGAGGACAAACCGAUAGAUGAUUGCCAGUCCUGGAGUCCGGAAGAAAGCUUAGCACCUUCAUUCUGUAAGAACAGCAGCGUAUGGGUUAGCUGCAGCAGUAAAGAAAGUGUCGACUUAUUGUCAGAAUCUGACACUCAGUACAGUAGCAAAGUGCCUUUUAAUCAAAAUGAGAAGGUGUGUAUACAAGGGUCACUUUCCACUCAAGGUAUUCAGGGGGCAGAUGCAGAUACAUUGGAACCGGAGUAUAGACCACUGUCACCACUGUCAGAAAUAGAACAUAAACAAAUUGAAGUUGAGUCUUCUCUAAGUACCAGCUCUAGAAUCUCUGAUGACAUUGUAGACAUGGUUUCUAAAAGCAGUGCUGAGAGAGAAAAUCUGGAUACUGUUCAGAAAGCUGCACAGCCAUUCUUGGAAGUUUCUUUUAAUCUGAGCAACUUUGAGGCCAGUGACACUGAUGAGAUGUCACAAGAAGACAGCAGACUUUCCCAGGAUUCAGAGAGGUGGGAGAAGGAGGUUGUGCUUAUAGAUGAUUCCUGUGUUCAGAAGAGCUCUGGGGAUAUAGGCUGCCGAGAAAUUGCAGGAAAGCACUUGCCACUCCUGUCGUCUGCCGAUGGCAAGCCUAAAGAGGCCCUCACUGCUACUGUGACUCUGUUGUCAGAAUUCUGUGAUAGAACCUGUGUAGGUUUUAAUUCAGGACCCCAUGAAGAUGCAAACACUGGCAAAGCACUAGAGGGGCAGUGCUACGGAGACACAGGGAGCAGUUUGGACUCGUCUCUGGGGUGGAGUGAGGAAGUGCCAGGGGACAGCAAAGAAGAUGCUAGUGAAUCUAUCCAAGGAAAUGCAAUUAAUUAUGGUAGUGUUUCACCCUCAAAUAAACUGGAAGGUAUAAAUACAAGCUUACAUAUUCCUUACCUUUUAAACACAAUUGCUAAUCCAACUCCUGAAAACAGCGACCUGAUCUCAGAAGGUACUCCUCCUUCUGUUUUGCAAAGUCACAUAGACAGAAAUGACGAGUGGGUCUUAUCACCAAUCUCUAGCAGUGACAUUAGUGGCCAGCUCUUGAGUACCACUCAGGAUCACUCUGAGCAUCAUGAACUAGAUGAAUUCAACACUCAAGUUUCUAGUUCUUUAUUUUACCCUGUGGGAAUAAAACAUCCUAUUUACAGAGACAGUGAAGAAGAUAUUUCUGAGUCCAAAGAAUUAGGAAGGAUUAGAAGUUUGUCGUGCAAUCAUUUUAAAGUGGAAACUACACAGAGAAAUGAGCAAUCCUGGGCUACUUAUAAAAAUUCUUCAGAACUUUUAGAAGUAAUAAAUAACAUAUCCUUUUUAAAGUCACGGCCUGAGCAUGGCACAGCUUUAGAAAACUUGGCAGUAGUGAAAGAAAAGCAUGUCUUUCCGCAUGAAGUUCAGCACAGUCGAGGCCCAGAUGUCAGUCCUAAAGCCAGGAGAUCACCUGCCACAGUAGUGUCACAUGCCCUGCUAGACUGUCCUCACGAGCAUCGGGCAUCUCAGCAGCCUGUUGAGUUUCAAGGACAUCAGGUGAAAGGAUCUGCUACUAGUGGUGUAAUGGUCAGAGGACACAGCUUACAGCUAGGAUGCAGUCAGUUUCCAGAUAGCAUUGAAUAUGACAGCUUCCUGACCGAUCCUUGUGUUUGGACACCAGAGUUGCCUAGCACUUGUGUGCAGUCAGACUUCUUGCAGGUGAUUUCUCCAGAAAAGAUCUCUGCAUUCAGCCCUGCACCUACUUUUUCUUUCAACACAAGAAGUGAAGACUCUGAGCUUGAAUUCUCUGAAGAGUCUCUGAAAACAAGAACUUUCCCUGGAUUGAAAAACAUUGGUUUUCAGGACAAUAAGAACUUCCAAAGGUUUCCAUUUUUAAGUGGAGCCUCAGUUCCCUUUGUCACUUUGCCACCAGAUGAUGGACCAGCAGUCUUAGAUUCUUGUUCAUUUAUGAUCGAUGAUGACACACGAGAGCCUUCUGGUUCUUCCAGGUUGAACCUGUGUGAAGAAUCAGGUCUUUCAUUUGACCUUGGACUUGAGGACCAGGAUGGGAUUCCACGAGAUGUCUUACUGCUUCCUAAGAGUUCUACUCAAAGCAAGUGGCUGAAAUAUCAAAACCCAUCCCACUGCAACUCAGCUGCUCUGAACAGAAUUGCCAGUGAAGUGACAGAGGAUCUCUCUGCUGAGGCUGUCUCUGGCUUGCAUUUUAGCCACACAAGUGAGAGUGAGAGUUCUGUAGACCCUGUGCACUUGCAGAUGAUAAAAGGCAUGCUCUAUCAACAGCAGCAGGAUUUUACCAGUCAAGAUUUGGUUUCCAGACAGAAAGCUCUCUCUCUGAAUUUAAAUCAGACCUCCAGGACUGGGGAACUUCGGACUGCGUUAGGAAGCUCUGCCAGCAGUAAUUGCAGAGUCAGGGAUGGACAGGAAAUAAAUAAUUCUGAUCUAUGCUUCCCAAAUGGGCAGAAAAUACUAUCGGCUUACCUUCCUCAAAGGCAAGUUCACAUACCAGCUGUUUUCCAGUCUCCUGCUCACUAUCGGCAGAUCUUUACGUCUUCCAUCAUCGAGCAUCUGAAUAUAUUGUUGUUUGGAUUGGCACAAAGGCUGUACAAAGCACUUUCCAAAGUUGACAUAUCCUUUUAUACAUCGUCAAAAGGAGAGAUGAUGAAAAGUGGAAAAAAUAAUUCACCAUCCUGCCACCAUAAUCAACCUGCCAAACUUGUCAUGGUUAAAAAAGAAGGACCAAAUAAGGGCCGUCUAUUUUACACAUGUGAUAAGCCAAAAGGUAAUCAAUGUAAAUUUUUCAAAUGGCUUGAGGAUGUGACUCCAGAACAGUUAUCACAGAAUGAGUCUCAGCCCAACAUGAUUUUUAAUGAUAUUAAGAGUAUUGGCUCGUAUUUAAGAAGUCAGAAGAUAGCAGUCUAUGAAGAAUGCCAGCUUUUGCUGAGGAAAGGAUUUGAUUUUCAGAAAAAACAGCAUGGUAAACUAAAAAAACUUGCAACUGUAAAUCCUGAAUUUUACAGUGAAACAAAAAGUAAACUUUAUCUUAAGCUGAGUCGGAAGGAGAGCUCUUCGGUUUAUAGUAAAGGUGAUCUCUGGGUUAUUUCAAAAACCCUAGACUUUGAACUAGAUACUUUCAUUGCAUGCAGUGCCUUCUUUGGGCCAUCUUCUGUCAACGAAGUAGAACUGCUGCCUUUGAAAGGCUACUUCCCUUCUAACUGGCCCACCAACAUAACGGUCCAUGCAUUAUUGGUUUGUAAUGUCAGCACAGAGCUGACAAUGCUGCAAAACAUUCAGGACUACUUUAACCCAGCGACUCUUCCACUAAUGCCAUACCUGUUAGCAAUGUCUCAGUCAGCUACAGUUAGCAGUAAAAAUGUCAGUAAAAGAAAAUUUAUCCCACCAGCCAUUACAAGCAUUAAAACAAAAUUUGAACUCCUCCACUUGGGAGCAACCUUGCAGUUGGCCAGAGAGUUGAUUAACGUGCACCGGUUGAACAACGACCAAGCUUCAGCACUAAUGCAGAUAGCUCAGAUGAUGGCAUCCCGAGGCAGCGAUGAAGAUGCACUGGAGCCCUUCAGCCAUUCCCUGCCUAUCACAGUCAUUCAUGGUGUUUUUGGAGCAGGCAAAAGCUACUUGCUGGCUGUGGUGAUUCUGUUCUUGGUAGAGCUGUUUGAAAAGUGUGAUUCUGAAGCAGUUGGCAGGGCAAGGCCAUGGAAACUCCUCAUUUCUUCUUCCACUAACGUAGCUGUUGACAGAGUGCUUCUUGGGCUUCUCAGUCUUGGAUUUGAAAAGUUCAUCCGAGUCGGGAGUGUUAGGAAGAUUGCCAAGCCAGUUUUACCUUACAGCUUACAUGCUAGCUCAGACAAUGAAAGCGAACAAUUAAAGGAACUCCACGCACUGAUGAGGGAAGAACUGACUCCAAUAGAAAGAGUUUAUGUCAGGAAAAGUAUUGAGCAGCAUAAACUGGGGACCAACAGAGUCCUGCUAAAGCAGGCUCGCGUUGUUGGCAUCACCUGUGCGGCCUGCCCAUUCCCGUGUAUGAAUGACCUUAAGUUCCCUGUGGUUGUGCUGGAUGAGUGCAGUCAAAUGACAGAGCCAGCCUCACUCCUUCCUAUCGCAAGGUUUGAGUGUGAAAAGCUAAUUCUUGUUGGAGACCCCAAACAGCUGCCCCCUACAAUUCAGGGUUCUGAUGCAGCUCAUGGAAAUGGACUGGAACAAACUCUUUUUGACCGACUUUGCUUAAUGGGUCACAAACCCAUUCAGUUGAGAACCCAAUACCGUUGUCACCCUGUGAUCAGUGCCAUAGCUAAUGAUCUGUUUUAUGAAGGAAACCUGGUGAACGGCAUUUCAGAGAGAGAGAGAAGUCCUGUACUGGAGUGGCUGCCCACGCUGUGUUUCUAUAACGUCACAGGAACAGAGCAGGUUGAAAGAGAGAACAGCUUUGUGAAUGUGGCAGAAGCUGCUUUUACCCUCAAGCUAAUCCGAUCACUGAUUGCAAGUGGACUAGAGGGCUCCAUGAUUGGGGUGAUAACAUUAUACAAAUCGCAGAUGUAUAAGAUUUGCAGUUUACUCAGUGCUGUGGACGUUGACCAUCCAGAUGUUAAAGCUGUGGAGGUGUCCACAGUGGACGCCUUUCAGGGUGCAGAAAAGGAAAUCAUUAUUCUGUCCUGCGUGAGGACAAGACAAGUAGGGUUCAUUGAUUCAGAAAAACGAAUGAACGUUGCAUUGACCAGAGGAAGGAGACAUUUGUUGAUUAUAGGAAGUUUGUCUUGUUUGAGGAAAAAUCAACUAUGGGGGCGCGUGAUCCAACACUGUAAAGGAAGGGAAGACGGACUGCAGCAUGCAAGCCAGUGUGAACCACAGCUGGACCGUCUUCUGAAAGAGUAUUUAGAAAAACAAGCAGAAGAAAAGCAGAAGAAAACAGAGAAAGAGAAAUUAAAGGAUAAAUCUCAUUAACAACAACAAAAAGGAACCUGGGCAAGGGCGUUUGAUGUAAAUUCAGAAUCUUUUUACACCUACAUUUUUAAUGUCUUUCUUUAUUCUAAAACCCCUGAUGCAGACAAGUUCCAUCACUUAAAAUAAUGUGCUGAAAAUUUGCUUUUUAAGGUGUGUAUAUAUUAGACAGGCAGGUGUCUUGUUUGUGAAAGGAACAGUUUUUACAUGAGGCAGGAAACCAUUCCUGAGAAUAUCCGUAUGCACAAAAACACACAACUGUCUCAAAGCCUGUGUGCUUAAAUACAGUGCCAGGCAGGCCCACGAGUGUAGUCUUCUGAGCUGGACACGGUGGGACACAUGCAUUCCCCACCAGUUACAUAAAACUAUUCACAGUAAGAACUUAAAUAAAAAGGUACAAAAGGAAAGGCAGAACACCGCAGUGUCCUUCACACUGGUGCUCCAUAAGUCAGGUUUUCUUCACCUCUUUUCCCCCGUACAGAACUUACCAGUACAUAUGUAUAAUAAAUGGGUAAAGCCUUUUUUUUUUUUUUUUUUUUUUUUGGUUCUUUUUUUCGGAGCUGGGGACCGAACCCAGGGCCUUGCGCUUCCUAGGUAAGCGCUCUACCACUGAGCUAAAUCCCCAGCCCCGGGUAAAGCCUUUUUUAUUUUAAAGUUAACAUGUUCUUAUAGAAAAAUGUACAAAAUACAGAAACUAUAUAAAAGAAACCAAAAUUACUUAGAAAUCCACUAUUGAGAUAAUUAUUAACAUAUUCACUCUUUUUUUGUGUGUUCUCUCUAUAAAUGUAAGUUUUGAGCCACUCGAGUCUACAUGAUUCUUAGGUAUUGUUAAUAAAGGAAUAUAUUUAUAUCCAGGUGGGAAAAUGUCAGUCUUAAUCAUAAUUUGGUAUGAUUUUUAGCAAGGAAAACAUGUAGGGACAACCCAAGUCAUUAAGUAUUUAUUCUGAGAAUAUUUUAGAUUUAUUUUAAGAGUAUGGAAAAUUGUUUCCUUAAAUUUCCUUGUAAUAAAAACUUCCCAGUCUCUGACUGUCAGGAUGGUGAGGUAAACACAGUUACUUUGCUACCAAGCCUGACAGCCUGAGCUCAGUCCUGGAUCCCCCACAUGGUCCACAGCAGGGAGAUUCUCGCAGGUUCUCCUCAGAGCACGUCCAUUCUGUGGCUCAUGGGCCACCCCUCACACACGCUAAGUUAGUAUCUAAAUGAUGAUUUAUUGAUGUUAUCUGUGGUUAUAAUGGUUAUUUAUUAUAUUAAAACAUAUGACAACUG